CUUGUUCCCAUCACUGAAAUAAUAAAUACCAAGAAAUUAAGUGAUAUUUUAAGACAAAAUUUUAAUCAAAGUGCAGAUAUUCUUGGAGGUUAAUAUCUGUUUCACCUAGAUAAUGACCAUAAACAUACUGCGCUGGAUACUGGUCUUUGAAUCUUCUACUACUGUCCAUUUUAAUAAUAGUAAGUAAUGAAAGUAUUAGGUUAAUAUGCAAGCGAAGCAAUUCUAAAAUGUGAAUUUAAAUGAGUAAAACGUGAACAUUUCGCAAAUGUGAACUGCCUUGGCUAUAAUUAGUUAACGUUUUCGAGCGUGCGCUGUCUAUUUUAUUUGUUUUUUUAUACAAUGAACAAAUAAACUUUUGAAUUAAUUUUUACUCUAAUUGUAAUAAUUAUUAAAAGUCAAAAUUAUUUCAUUGCAAUUGACAAUUAAUAGCGUUUUAGACCGGAAGUAAUUGAUCAAUUAACCCGUCUGCUCAGCUUAUGAAACUUUCCAACUUCUUAUAAAAAGCUAAUAGCACGUUCACAUAUAAGCAGGUUAUGGUUAACAAAAAUUAACCUCGAAGCUAACCUUGUUGCGUUCACAUAUAGCAAAGAUAACCCAAUUAAAUGAGAGAAAUUGACAGCUGUAUCCAUUUGUGUUUUUUUUGUUUCCAUAUUUUCUUCUUGUAAAAAAUAAGUUAAUAAAUGAGUGAUGGAUUCAAAAUUGAGAAAAUUUUUACUUUUGUUUGCUACAAACCAAGAAGAAAGCAAUAAAUAUCUAGCUGCAUUAAAUUCCUGUAGCCGAGAAUAUAAAAUUGCUAUCCAACAAAGUGCAGGAAUUACGGAUACGAAGAACUCGAGUAAUAUCGAUUUAUUAUGAAAUAUUAAUGUUGACAACAAUACCUCUUUGUAAGGAAAUAAACCCAAGAAGUAUUUGGGCAUACAAGCGACAUUGGAACUUCUGGGAAAAGGAUGUUCCAUCAAUGAACGACCGCGUUUUUAAGGAAACCUUUCGCAUGAGCAGGGCAACCUUUGAAAUAUUGUGUGAAUAUGUCAAAGGUAUUACCAAACAGGAUUCAUGCUAUAGGAAGUGCAUCCCAUUGCAGAAAAGGGUAGCUGUUGCCGUCUACACAUUAAAAUCUUCGGCGGAGUAUGAAACUGUUGCACGACUAUUCGGUGUUUCGAAGGCUAUCGUCAGCGAAAUAUUUCUUGCUUUUUGCCAAGAAGUGUGGCAACCAUUGCGUCCCAUUUAUUUGACAGAACAAUUAAGGAACAGUGAAAAAGUGGAUGAGUGUGUUCAUGGGUUUGAGAAGCUUGGCUUUCCGCAAUGUCUUGGUGCCAUAAACGGUUUCCACAUUAAAGUUCGGCCACCUGGGAAGGAUUGCACGGACUAUUACAAUUAUAAGGGGUGGUACUCUACAGUUUUAUUUGCCCUUGUAGAUUAUAGAUAUCGCUUCCUCUACAUUAAUGUUGGCUGCCCAGGUCGAUGCAAUGACUCAAAAAAUUUUCAAUGUAGCAAACUAAAUACUGCAUUGAAGGACCCAAUCUUCACUGCAAAAAGCAAAACUAUUAAUGGCGUGAAUGUUCCUGUGGGCGUUAUGGGUGAUUCGGCUUUCCGAUUUGCCAACAACCUAAUGAAGCCCUAUCCAUUCCAAGUACAUCCUCCAGAGCAUGAAAAAAUUUUUAAUUACCAAUUGUCCAAAUGCCGAAGAGUGGUGGAAAAUGCAUUUGGACACCUAAAGGCUCGUUUUAGGAGAAUAGGGAAAGGAGUCGACAACCACAUCAAAAAUGUUCCUCUUAUAAUUAAAGCAGCCUGUACAUUGCAUAACUUUUUAAAUUGUCAUAAUGAUGUCAUCAACCACAAAUGGAUAGAAGAACAAACCACUUACGAAAGUAGUGUACGCCUGGAACAGCCCGAGCACACAGAUGCUGUAGCAGAUUUUGAAGCAGAACCUGAAACAAUUAGAAGAGCGAUUGCGAAUUCAUUUUGUAAGUUUGUUCUACAUUUGUAAUUAUUUUUAUUUUUUAUUUAACAAAUUAAUAAGGUCUUUAUAAAAACUUUUCGUAUUUUCACUCAUUUCUUUUAAAAUAUCAUUCCUUUUCCUUCUUUUUGCACACUCCGGAGUCGUCGAAAGUCCUUCAAGCUCAUCGCUUGAAAUGAAUUGAGAUUGGCUGCUCGUCGAAGGGUAGAUAGCAGCGCAACCAAUGUUGUCUUCUGGUUCCACA